CAGUGACGUCUGUGCUGUUCAAAUCUUUUUCUUCGUCUCUUCGUCAAAAUAAUUAUUCUCUCUCGCAGCAGUCCACAGCUUCCUUCUACAACAAUGCAGACAAGAAGUGUUCAAGUAAAUAAUGUCUCAGAUCUAGCUACAGAGAGGGAGAUUCACGAGUUUUUCUCUUUCUCAGGCGACAUAGAACACAUUGAAAUCCAAAAGUGCAAAGAAGUUGGGCAGUCUCGAGUCGCAUUUGUUACGUUUACUGAUCCUAAAGCCCUUGAAAUUGCUUUGUUAUUAUCGGGUGCGACGAUUGUGGACAAGAUUGUUACAAUAACUCGAGCUGAAAACUAUGUGAGGCGUGAGAUAAAGGAAGUAAGAAUGGUGGACAACGCAAUGCCCCUUGGUCUUCAAGAGAGUACUACACAGACGAAAACUACGGUGGAUGGAGGUAAUAGUAGAGCAUAUGUUAGCAAAGCACAAGAUGUGGUGGCAACUGUUUUGGCAAAAGGUUCUGCUCUUGGACAAGAUGCAGUGAAUAAAGCCAAGGCUUUCGACGAAAAGCAUCAAUUAAGAGCCAAUGCUUCUGCUAAAGUUUCGUCUUUUGACAAGCGAGUUGGGCUUACUGAGAAGUUCACUGUUGGUAUUUCUGCUGUUAAUGAGAAAGUAAAAUCUGUUGAUCAAAAGCUUCAGGUCUCCGAUAAAACCAUGGCAGCAUUAUUUGCAGCCGAGAAGAAGUUAAACGACACUGGUUCAGCUGUCAAAUCAAGCAGAUACGUGACUGCUGGAGCUGCUUGGUUUAGUGGAGCUUUCAGUAAAGUUGCAAGAGUAGGUCAGGUUGCUGGCUCGAAAACCAAAGAGAAGUUCAAUCUAGCAGUCUCAAAUAUGAGUUCCAAGGAUACACCAAUUGCUGUAUAAUAAAAAGGUAAAAAGCUUGGACUUAAGUAAGCUUUGAAGUCAGGAUCAACGGAAGUUGCUAUGCUGGCCUUGUGUAAACAAAAUUUUUGUGAUAUAGGGUAUUCUCAUUCUUUUAGUGUUCUGUGUGUGCUGCAUUGUCUUCAAAUUUACUUCAUGUUUCUUAUAAGUGCAACUGUUUUUGGAUUUCUCAGUUUCUUAUUUAAAGACCUGGUCUUUGAUUGUAUUGUUUUGCUUUGUAAGGUUACUAUAACUGCAUCGAUUAAUGACUACGCGAUUAUAGUUUCUCUUCCUA